GUCGAUUUUUCAGAAAUUAAUACUGUACUAUAUCAAAGAUGAGUCGAAAAAAUUUAGAACUAAUAAUCUUUGGGAAAGAUAUCGACCAACUAGGUUCUGAGGAAGAAAAUGACGAAUUACCAAUCUCUAAGAAAGACAACGACCAGCUAAACUCUGAGGAAGAUAGUGACGAGGAAGAUAGCGACGAGGAAGAUAGCGACGGAGAAGAUUACAACAGAUUAGGCUCUGAAGAAAAUAAUGACAAAGUGAGCUCUGAAGAAAAUAAUAGCCCUGAAGAAAAUAAUAGUCUUGAAGAAAAUAAUAACCAAUUGAGCCCUGAAGAAAGUAAUAUCCGUGUUGUGGUUGGAUUAGACUUUGGAACAACCUACUCCGGAUUCGCCUAUUGUCAUGUUAGUGAAGAAAGAAAUCUGUGUUCAAAUGAUAUUUGGCACGGUGAAACACGUUAUUUAAAAACUAAUACAGUUCUUCAAUACGACGCCGAAUAUAAUAAAGUAAAAUGUUGGGGAGCACCAGCUCUAGCUAAAAAGAAACGUCGUAGAGUGAGAAAGCAAGAUAAUAGCGAAGGUAGUAUACCCGUUGAAUUGUUCAAAUUACAUUUAGGUGAUUUAUCGGAUGAAGUUAAACCUAAACUUCCAGUUGAUUACAAAAAGGCUAUUACUGACUAUCUUAGGGAAAUUGGCGAGGUAAUUAAAGAUACAAUUAAAACACGCUGGCCAUUGAUUGAUUACUUUGAGAAUAUUCUUUUAGUUAUUACCGUUCCUGCAGAAUUUUCUGAUAAGUCAAAAGCAAUUAUGAGAGUAUGUGCAUUUAAUGCGGGAUUGAUCAAAGAAGAAUGUUCAACAAAUUUACAAUUUACUACAGAACCUGAAGCUGCUGCGGUAUAUUGCAUGGAAAAUCUUGAAGGACAGAAUCUUGCGCGGGCAGGAACUAAUUUUAUGAUAGUUGACUGCGGUGGGGGUACAGUAGAUUUAACAACUCGUAAAAUAAUAAAUGAUAAGCAAUUGGGCGAAAUAACUGAAAGAACCGGAGAUUUUUGUGGAAGUACUUUCAUUGAUGCCGAAUUCAUUAAAUAUUUACGAAAAAUACUCGGAGAUGUACCUAUGGAUUUGCUUAGAGAUAAUGAUUAUGGACAAAUGCAAUAUUUGAUACAGCAAUUUUGUAGAAAUUGCAAAAUUCCUUUUUCAGGGGAUGAUCCAGACUUUUCGUAUGAAUUGGAUAUUCAGGAGGCAGUUCCAAUCUUAAAACAAUACGUUACAGAUGAUGAUAUCAGGAAAACUUUAGAAGAAGUCGAAUGGGUAAUUGACAUUGACUUUGAAAUUAUGAAAUCAAUAUUCGAGCCUGUUGUCCAGAGGAUUCUCCACUUGAUAAAAGCACAACUAGAUAAUGCUCAAGAAACUUGUUCUGCAAUGUUCUUAGUUGGAGGUUUUAGUGAAUCAAAAUAUUUACAAAAAAAAAUUAAACAAGAAUUUAGUCAUCGAGUAAAUAAUAUUUCAGUACCUACUCAGCCUAUGGCAGCAAUUUCACGUGGAGCAGCAAUUUACGGAUUAUCGAUAAAACUAAAUGAUUUGAAUAAUAUAGGGAAUGACGGUAAUAUGAAAUGUGUUAUUUCUUCAAGAGUUCUUAAAUAUACUUAUGGAAUUAUCUAUCAUACUAAAUGGAAAGAAGGAGAUCCGGAACAUAGAAAAGCCUCUGGUGGCUAUAUUGAAAAAUUUCAUUGUUUAGCUAGACGUGGUACUAAAAUAGAUAUUGAUCAAGAAAUCGAGACAUAUUGUAGUCCGUUAUAUUCAUAUCAAAGAAGGUUGGAUAAUGAAUUAUAUUACACUAAAGAAUAUGAUGGAGAAUAUCGGAAUGAUCCUGGUAUGGAGCUUUUAGGGAAGUUUCACACUGAUCUUCCUGGUUCAGGUACUGAUAGAAAUGUUAAGCUUGGAAUAACUUUUGGAAAAAUGGAAAUUAUUGCUACUGCAAGGAAUAUGCAAACUGGUCAAAGUUAUAGAACUACUUUUAAAUUUGACUUCGAUAACUAAAAUACUUUAUUUAUAGAUAUGUUUCGAUGAGUAAAUUCAUUUAUUGCUGAAGGCAAUAUACAAAUUUUUGAGACUUUUAGAGCAAGUGAAUACAACUUAUUUAAAAAUAGAAGGAAAUUUGUACAGUACGCUUGUAUCAAUAAUAAAUAUGAAAGUUUAUAAUUAUUUUAAUAAAUAUUCAAAUAAAUAUUUUUAACUUACCUCCUACUUAUCAGUAUAAUGCAACUGACAAGGUUAAUAUUUAGAUAAUUUAACAAAUGCAUUCGAACUACCCGUCUACCUCAAUGGCACCCAGAAAAUUCUUCAGACUCGGCC